ACCAUGGCCUUCCACACACACUUGGGCUGAUUUCACAUAAUUAACAAUACACAUAAUAAUACUAAUGGUCAAGGAAUCUACCAAAACAAUUGCCGGUAGCAGUGCUGUAUCAUGUGAUGUCGUGGCGUCUGCCCUGGCAGAGCGCUUGGAGUCGUUAUCGUUAGACGGCCCAUUGGCGGCAGCGUUGGAUAAUGGCGACUUUGAUUCUACAUCCGGCUACCCACCGUGUGAGCUUGAAAUAGAAGUUCGUCUAGGGUCCAUAAGGAACGUACGCGAUGGCCAAAGGUUCACCUUGCCCAGUGCUACAGACGCACUGAUCAGCGAUAGAGCUUUUGUUAGGUUCCAACCAAGUGUAACUAAAAGCCAAUUUCAAUCCGCUUUCACACUAAUCAAGCAAAUAGCGGAAGAACGUGGUACCAGUGAUGAAUGGGAUACUCAGCUGGGCAUCCUGACCUUUGAUAGGUUCUUUAAGUUACCGGAGUACGAAGAGCCCGUGCGUAUUAGCGUGCCACAGAACCAAACUAAAGGUGCAAAGUCAUUUGAAGCCAUACGUAAGGUAAAACUGCUUACGUGGAAUGUGUCCACGGGUUCAUCUAUGCGGGAUACCCAAAUGAACGACGAUAAUGAUGAUGUCGGGGACCAGGAAAUUCUAGACUACAGAAUAGCCGUUAACCUGGAAUACCGAGUGCCGAUACGUGACCUGCCGAACACCAGUGCCGCCACCACGCGAAGGAAGAAGAAUAGGAACACUUACAUCAACAAAAAGGGGCACUUACGCUUUGACCUCACACAAGUUCAGACCGUAGAGUCUGACUCAUCGGUAACCGAUGAUAACAACGCACAAUAUGAAGUUGAGGCGGAGUUGAACGGUGGCGUUAUUAUCAAUCUGCUGAAGUCAACUGGACUAAGUUACGAUAAAAAGAUACAGCUACUUAAGCACCACUGCAGCACACUUAUAAGGUCAGUUAGGCGUUUACGGGACGUUAUCAUGCGAGGUGAAGCCUACUCGGACGAUACCGGUAUCGCUCCAGGUGGGAUGAUGACCAGCAAGCUGGGUCUAUGCGAUUUGCGCAUGGUGCAGCACCUAAAUGAAGUUGUAAAGAGAUAUCGCAAGGUAGUGUCGCCACAACUACCACUAAUAGGCGACUACCUGUUCAGGGCUAUAACACCUGCCUUAGAAAAAGGUGCCAUAAAAAGGCAGAAGGUAUCACCAUAUAGAGAGCAUAUGGAAGAUAUAGAAGGGCCUUUCAUAGUCACUGACAGCGGGCCGAAUCGGAGCAAGCAGGUUGUACUGUCAAAACGUACUGAUACAAAUUAAUUUUAGUUAUAUAGGCACCUGGAGCUUACGUAUGCUCUCGGUAAUCUCGUGUAUG